UUUGGGUUUGUUUCUCCUGUAAUCUAGGCUUCUUUUUUGGGUUUCGGAUCUAUUAGGGUUCGUCGUUAUAGUCUAUCUAUUUCUGUUUAUGCUCUAAAAUAGAGUGGAUGAUGACGAUUCCUGAUUCGAUGGAGAAUGGAUCUAUUGGCCCUGAAGAAGAGGCUAGCAUCAUUCAGGAGCUUACCAACAAAGCUGAAUCCAAUUUGAAACAAGGCAAUACCUAUUAUGUCCUUUCUAACAGGUGGUUCAUGGAUUGGCUGAGGUACAUUGGGAAGCCUCUCGGUGCUUAUCCAUUUAGCGAGCAUGCUACUGAAUCUCAGCCUUCACUUUUGCCAAAUUCAGCUAAUAGACCUGGACCGAUCGAUAAUAGUGAUAUAAUAAUUAGGGAGGUUGACAAUGGAGGUGAUGAUCCACAACUUCUCAGAACUUUGGAAGAAGGGCGUGAUUAUGUGUUGGUCCCAGAAGAAGUAUGGGAGAAGCUCUCCGAGUGGUACAAAGGAGGACCAGCAUUACCUCGGAAAAUGAUUUCAGUCGGAGAUGCCAAGCAACUUAGCGUGGAGGUGUUCCCGUUAUGUCUCAAUUUAUUUGAUACCAGAGAUAAAAGCUACAAGGUUAUAAGGUUAAGUAAGAAGGCAUCUUUGCAUGAACUCUAUAGCAUAGUGUGUAGACUCAAAGGAAUAGCGCCAGAAAAGGCACACAUCUGGGAUUAUUUUGAUAAAACAAAACAUACAGAGUUAGUUGCUUCAAACCAAACACUGGAGGACUUCAACUUGCAGAUGGAUCAAGACAUUCUCCUGGAGGUGCAAGCUGAAGGAUCGCUGCCUUCUGGUUUUGGCUUCGAUUCAACCGGAAACGACUUGGCAUUGGUUCCAGUUGAGCCUCCGAGGUCAUCCGUCACAAUUGCUGGUGGUCCAACUUUGUCCAAUGGUUUCUCUGCUGGAUAUAGCUCCAAUGCAUAUCAAGGAAGUUCUUUGAACUCCAGUUAUGGUGACAUGGAGGAUGGAUAUGAUAGUCUGCGGUCUGCAAGUAAAGGCGAAAGGGGAGGGUUGGCAGGAUUAUCCAAUCUGGGCAACACAUGCUUCAUGAAUAGUGCACUUCAGUGUCUGGUGCAUACACCUCCUCUCGCCGAUUACUUCUUGCAAGAUUACAAUGAUGAGAUUAACAGACAGAAUCCUUUGGGGAUGCAUGGUGAGCUUGCACUUGCAUUUGGUGAACUAUUGAGGAAACUAUGGUCCUCUGGCCGAACACCUGUUGCACCUCGUGCAUUCAAGGGAAAACUUGGUCGAUUUGCUCCCCAAUUUAGUGGAUAUAAUCAGCAUGAUUCUCAGGAACUACUUGCCUUCCUCUUGGACGGAUUGCAUGAAGAUUUAAAUCGCGUUAAGCAAAAGCCAUAUUUUGAGACAAAGGACUCAGAUGGUCGUCCAGAUGAAGAAGUUGCUAAUGAGCUCUGGAGAUACCACAGAGCCAGAAAUGACUCCGUUAUAGUUGAUACUUGCCAGGGACAAUAUAAGUCUACACUGGUUUGUCCAGACUGCAACAAAAUCUCAAUAACAUUUGAUCCCUUCAUGUAUUUGUCUCUACCCCUUCCUUCAACAGUCACAAGGACAAUGACAGUGACAGUGUUUUACAGUGAUGGCAGUGGCCUUCCAAUGCCAUAUACCGUUACCGUCUUGAAACAUGGUUAUAUUAAAGAUCUUACACAGGCUUUAGAAAGUGCAUGCUGCUUAAGGAUUGAUGAAUACCUGCUACUCGCAGAGGUCUAUGAUCACCGGGUAUUUCGAUACUUUGAGAAUCCUACAGAGAUUUUGAGUUCAGUUAAGGAUGAAGAACAUAUUGUUGCAUACAGACUCCCCAAAAGGGUGGCACAACUGACAAGACUGGAGAUUACUCACAGGUACCAGGAAAAGUGUAUCAUAGACAGUUCGAAGGCCAGGGAGAGGAAGUUGUUCUCGACACCACUUGUUACUUUCUUGGAAGAUCCACGUGAUGGAGCAGAUAUUGAUUUUGCUGUCCAUAAGGUGCUUGCUCCAUUAAGAAGAAAAGCAUUCAUCUCAUCAGCACCCAGUCUUAAGGAUGGUGCAGAAAAUGGUUCUCCCUCGGAAACAAUUGAAGAACCAAUGAACAGCUGUACUAUCCAAUUUGGUCAUGAAGGUCAAUCAACAGAGUGCAUAGAACCAGCGGGGAAUUCCAGCAUGGAGCUGGCAUUUCAUCUUUGUCUAACUGAUGAUCGGGGUACCACCUGCAGACCAGUUGCAAAAGAUACAGUGAUACAACCAGUUAGAAUGCUAAAGGUGGUGUUGGAUUGGACUGAGAAGGAAUACGAGCUAUAUGAUGCCAGCUACCUCAAAGAUCUUCCGGAGGUUCACAAAAGUGGACUUACGGUGAAGAAAACCAAGCAAGAAGCUAUAUCCUUAUUUUCGUGCUUGGAGGCCUUCCUGAAGGAGGAACCUUUAGGACCAGAUGAUAUGUGGUAUUGUCCUCGCUGCAAGGAGCAUAGGCAAGCCUCCAAGAAGUUAGAUUUAUGGAGAUUACCGGAUAUACUUGUUUUCCACUUAAAGCGGUUCUCUUAUAGCCGAUGGCUGAAGAACAAGCUUGAUACGUUUGUGAAUUUUCCCAUACAUAAUCUGGAUUUAAGCAAGUAUGUGAAAAGUAAGGAUGCAUCUGACUCCAAUUUGUAUGAGCUAUAUGCAAUAAGCAACCAUUAUGGUGGACUAGGUGGUGGGCAUUACACUGCUUACUGCAAGUUGAUUGAUGACGACAGAUGGUAUCAUUUUGAUGAUUCCCAUGUUUCACCUGUCACUGAAUCUGAUAUCAAAACAUCAGCUGCUUAUGUGUUGUUCUAUCGAAGAGUUAAAGCUCAACAAAAUGGAGUUGUGGGAGGGUCAUCCCAGUGCCAUAGAAGCUCUUGAAGACCAUAGACUGUUUGCUCUUAUCCCUGUAUGCUAAGGUGGAUGCUCCAUUUUUUGCUGCAAAUACUGCGUAAUUCUGACAGGCAGGGCUAGUCCGUGAGUCAGCUAACUUCGUUGGGGCUUUAUCUUAUCCUAGGCGAUUAGAUGUUGGUGCUGUAUCAGUAAAUAGAGGCACCGAGAGUAAAACAGAAACUGGGUGAGGCCUCUAGUGCUUGUUCUAUUGAAAGCCUUCAAUAUUUUUAGUGAAAUUUUGUACGUCUUGGGUGUCUGCUGGUAUCCGAGUUUUCAUAGGAAGCAUUAUACUCUUGUAGGGUAGUAUUAUCUUUCUCAUUUUUUUGCAAAACACUUGUAUUUAAGGGCCAAACCCUUCAAUCUAAUAUGAUAUAUCAGCUGGUUUUACUAGAA